GCUACACUUUCGUCGCUAGAACACGAAACAGCCAUUUACAAACACCUCGAAGGACUUCAGGGGUCUCAGGUGCCGGUCUGCCUGGGCGCGAUAGAUCUUCACGACAUGGGCAGGAUUCAUUACUACGACCAUCGGGUCUGCAUUGAAUACCUGUUGCUUCUCUCGCAUGGCAGUCCGAUUGACGAAGCGGUUCGUGCUGGUGAGGUCAAAAGUUGUCUGCGGGCGAUACAUCGGGCGUGCGUGGUGCAUCGGGAUGUGCGUCGUACCAAUGUGCUACGCAAUACCGACACAGGGGAGCUCAUGCUGAUUGACUUUGAGCGUUCUGUCGUCGAGGCAGGACAGAAGCCGAUG